AUGGCAUCUAUAAAGACAAUUUCUACAGUUGCUUCAAGCAUACUUUCUAGAAAUUUGGAUAAGGAAGAUCCUAUUUUUGCUGAAAAGAAAACUUCUUUAUUAAAAAGGCCAAGUAAAAAAAGUACAAAAAAGAAGUCAAAGCACAUAAAUGAUUAUUUGCAAAGGAAACAAAUUGUACAUUGCAAACCAGAUACCACGAAACAGGAAAUUGAGAAGAGUUUGAGGACACUCGCAACAAGAGGUGUAGUAAAAUUACUUAACAUGAUUAUAAAGUACAAUGGAAAUAAUCAGUGUAAUGAAACAGGUUCUAGUGAUAAAAAGAAGGUACUAAAAAAAGUUAAAAGAGAUAUAAGAAAUAAGAUAGCUAACCAAAAUAUAGUGGACUCAAAUAAUGAAGCUAAUAAUAACCAAGUUUUACAGAAGAGUAACAGGUUUGAUAUAGUUAUGCGUGGUUUGAAGGGUAAUAAUGAUGAAUUCAAUGUAUAA